CUCUGCUCAUCAAUUAGAGAUAACGUUAUUAUUUAAAAGUUCCUUUUGCUUCUGGAUUCUGCAACUGAUUUUCCUGCCCCUUUCUCCUUUUCCGGUCCUCUGCUGUUUUCUUAUCCAUAAUAGUAUAAUACCUCUCUGUCUCUCUCUCUCUCCAAUCAAAACCGGCAACAUCGGGCCUUGCCUGGUUGGUUGCGGCAUGUUGAAACCCGCCUAUUAAAACAAAGAGGUAAAAAAGAAAUCUUUUUUCCUUUUGGUGAAAAGAAUGAAAUCGUUAGCUGCCUUGAAAAUGAAUGAAAUCGGCCAAUCCACGUGCUGCAAACAUUCUUACUGACCCUCCCAACUCCACAGCCUAACAAACUUACUUCUCCGAGCUCAGCUCACUGAUGAUCCUUCCGACGGACUGAGUGCGAGAAUUGGAACUGAAAAACGGCCAAAGAUUGGAGCUUUUUUCAAUCUUCGUCGUUGGUUUCUGUAGGGUGAAAGAAGAUGGAGGACGAAGGAGGAGAUAGGAUUGAAGAGAGCAGUGUGCUAAUGGGGAGCAGUAGUAGGAAAGGAAGCGGGGGAGGGGACUGGAGAUGGGUUGAUGGCAGUGAAGUAGAUUCAGAGUCUCCUCCUUUGUCUUUACUUGAUGGUGGUGGUCAUAAUGGAAGUGGAGGGUACGGCACUGUGAGGAGGAGGUUGGUGAAGAAGCCCAAGAGAGUCGACUCUUUUGAUGUUGAAUCCCUGGAAGUUGUUGGGGCUCAUACCCACCACAACAAGAAGUUCUCCCCUGGCCUGGUUCUGUCCAGUUUUGCAUAAUCUAGUGUUAAAUGGGCAGAUUAGGGGAAUGGCUAACUGUGUAAUAGUGCCAGAUGAGAGUGAGGGUACAGCUUCCCUUGCUAAGUUGUGUGCUCUUACUAUAUCAGGACAUCUCCACUUGGGCCACGGUUGCAUUGGCCUUUCAAACGCUUGGUGUGGUCUACGGCGACAUGGGGACGAGCCCCUUGUAUGUCUUUACUGAUGUGUUCAGCAAGGUUCCCAUUGAGUCUGAAGUUGAUGUGUUGGGGGCCUUGUCAACAGUAAUGUACACAAUUGCUCUCAUCCCCUUGGCAAAGUAUGUCUUUGUGGUGCUGAAAGCAAACGAUAAUGGUGAAGGAGGAACUUUUGCUCUCUACUCACUGAUCGCCAGAUAUGCUAAGGUUAGCAUGCUGCCAAAUCGUCAGCCAGCUGAUGAACUAAUCUCGAGUUUUAAGCUGAAGUUGCCUACUCCGGAGUUAGAAAGGGCUUUGCACAUUAAGGAGAUCCUGGAAACAAGGCGCUUCCUGAAAACACUCCUCUUGCUUUUGGUUUUGAUGGGAACUUCAAUGGUCAUAGGAGAUGGUAUCCUCACCCCUGCCAUAUCAGUUUUCCCUGAACUUACUACUCACCUCAGAUCGAAGAAUGAUUUGAUCACAAAAAUGACUAUAAUCUGGAUGCCCAUGGUUGCAGAUGCUGUGGUUUCUGUUUCAAUUGUUAUCCUCUUGGCAUUGUUUGGGAUACAGCAGUUUGGAACAGGCAAAGUGGGCUUUAUGUUUGCUCCCAUACUCGCCUUAUGGUUCUUCUCCUUGGGCGCCAUUGGACUGUACAACCUAGUGACAUAUGAUAUCUCUGUCCUAAGAGCACUAAAUCCAGCUUAUAUCUACUUUUUCUUCCAGAAGAAUGGGGUUGCUGCAUGGUCGGCCCUUGGUGGCUGUGUAUUGUGCAUUACAGGCGCGGAAGCAAUGUUUGCAGAUCUGGGGCAUUUCUCUGUAAAAGCUAUACAAAUUGCUUUCACCUUUGUGGUGUUCCCUUGUCUUCUGCUUGCUUACUUGGGUCAGGCUGCAUAUCUAAUGAAACAUCCUGAUUCUGCAAGUAGAAUAUUCUACAAUUCAGUCCCAGAAAGCCUAUUCUGGCCAGUCUUUAUAUUAGCCUCCUUUGCUGCGAUGAUUGCCAGUCAGGCAAUGAUAUCAGCCACAUUUUCUUGUGUAAAGCAAUCCAUGGCCCUCGGAUGCUUCCCAAGGCUGAAGAUAAUCCAUACAUCGAGGAAGCGAAUGGGUCAAAUAUAUAUUCCAGUCAUCAAUUACUUUCUGAUGACCAUGUGCAUCAUUGUGGUUGCCAUAUUCCGCAGCACAACAGAUAUCGCCAAUGCAUAUGGCAUUGCUGAAGUUGGAGUGAUGAUUGUGACCACCACACUGGUCACCCUCGUUAUGCUUCUCAUCUGGCAGACGAAUUUGGUCCUUGCUUUCUUGUUCCCUCUAGUGUUUGGAUCGAUCGAGCUCAUUUAUUUGUCUGCAGUUCUUUCCAAGCUCUUGGAAGGCGGCUGGCUCCCUUUAGCCUUUGCCAGUUUUUUCCUCUGCGUGAUGUACAUUUGGAACUAUGGAAGCGUGCUGAAGUACCAGAGCGAGGUGAGAGAGAAGAUAUCCAUGGACUUGAUGCAUGACCUUGGCUCUAACCUUGGGACAGUUAGGGUCCCAGGCAUUGGGUUGCUGUACAAUGAACUUGUCACCGGGAUUCCAUCAAUCUUUGGUCAGUACCUGCUGAGCCUUCCAGCAAUCCAAUCCACCAUCGUCUUUGUUUGCAUCAAGUAUGUUCCAGUUCCUGUAGUUCCUCAAGAGGAAAGGUUCCUGUUUCGAAGAGUUUGCCCCAAGGACUACCAUAUGUUCAGGUGCGUUGCUCGAUAUGGGUACAAAGACGUGAGGAAGGAGAAUCACCAGGCAUUUGAGCAGCUCCUGGUUGAAAGUCUAGAGAAGUUCCUUCGACGAGAGGCUCAAGAUCUUGCCUUGGAGAGGGAUCUCAAUGACUUCGACAUGGACAGUGUUUCAGUUACUGGUGAUGAUGGUGCUGGUGCUGGAACUGAUGACCUCAGGACUCCUCUGCUGAUGAAUGAUCAAAGACGAGAGGAACCGGGAGCUUCAUCACAAGCUGCUGCUCCCAUGGGACUCUUACUACCCUCAAGUGUUAUGUCAUCAGAUGAAGAUCCGAGCUUGGAAUACGAGCUCUCAGCCCUUCGAGAAGCAAUGGAAUCUGGGUUCACUUACCUGCUAGCUCAUGGAGAUGUAAGGGCCAAGAAGGAGUCGUUCUUCCUCAAGAAGCUGGUCAUUAACUACUUCUACGCAUUCUUGCGAAAGAACUGUAGAGCAGGUGCUGCUAAUCUGAAAGUGCCUCACAUGAAUAUCUUGCAGGUAGGAAUGACCUACAUGGUAUAAAUGGCAGUGUAGGUGUUUCUCCAGGAGGGACGUGCUAUUUGAGUGUCGGAGAAUGUUAGUCCAUUCAAAACUGGCUACAAGUUUGGGAACACUAUGAAAUAAACUAGAAUCAGGAGUACCUUUUUCAACUCCAAAUCUGGCUCUGGUGUUGGCCGUUCAUUCAGUACAUGUUACGGUCUAAUAACAUCUAUUUCUAUAAUUUAAGUUGGUCAAAGAUGAGAUGCUUCCUUCAAUUCAUUUCCAAAUA